AUGCCAAGUCCGGCCAAGUCCCCGGUAGACGACGCUUAUCAGCGCGUUGAGACGCCUCGGCACAAGCCUGCAACCAGCAGCGAGUCCGACCUCUCCGCGUCCAAGAAGGAGCCGAGUCUGCGCCGCCAGAUCGUGCACGGCGGCCCCACGAGCUUCAAGUUCACGCACUUGUACCGCUACGCCACUCCACUGGACAAAGUGCUGCUAGUAGUGGGCGUCAUUACAGCGGGGGCCAAUGGUGCACUCUUCCCGCUCAUGGCCAUCGUCUUCGGUGACGUUCUUACGGGCUUCAGCAGCAUCCCCGUGGAUAUGGAUACAGUGAACAAGGCAGCGCUAGACUUCUUCCUCAUCGCUGUAGCCAUGUUCUUUACAGACUAUCUGAGCUACGUGACGUUCUAUUACAGUGCCGAGAGACAGAUGAAAGCUCUGAGGAGCGAGGCACUCAAGCACAUGCUGUAUUUGGACAUUAGUUGGUACGAUGAGAACGACGCUCUGCAACUGUCAAGUCGCUUGACGGGCGACACGGUCAAGAUUAAGGACGGGAUGGGUCAGAAACUCGGAGACUCGUUCCGGUUCACUGUGCAAUUCGUUGUGGGCUUUGUCAUCGGCUUUGUAAGAGGCUGGGAUAUUACGCUCGUCAUGGCUUGUGUCAUGCCUUUUAUGACCAUCUCGUUGGGCUGGUUGAUUAAGACCAUGAGGAUUAAAUCAGACUGGGCUCAGAAGGUGUACGCUGAGGCUGGAUCCGUUGCGGAGGAGACGCUGGGGUCGAUUCGGACGGUAGCGUCGCUGAAUGGCGAGCAGAAGGCGAUCAAGAAGUUCGAGGACAAGGUGUUUGAAGCUGAGAGGGAGAAUAUCGCGCUGCACAAGAUGACGUCGGUGGUGUUUUCCAUGUUCCUGGGAAGUGUGUGGAUCAUGUACUCGAUUGGAUUAUGGUAUGGUGGAUGGAAGGCUUCGAAAGGUGAUACUACACCCGGAGAUGUGUUUGCUGCUUUCUUCGGUGUCAUGAUGGGUACUGGGUCGCUCGCACAGAUCUCACCCAAUGUUACUGCUGUCUCCAAGGCUGCCGGUGCGGCCGAAGAGCUGUUUACCAUCUUGGAUACACCUAGCGCCAUUGAUGCUGAGAAGGAGGACGAGGGGGUUAUUCCCGACAAGUGUGAAGGCAAGAUCGAGGCUGUGAAUGUCAACUUCACUUAUCCAAGCCGUCCUGACGCUCAGAUUCUGCGUGACUACAAUGUCACUAUCGAACCUGGCCAAACGGUGGCGUUCGCGGGUGCCAGUGGUGGUGGUAAGAGUACUUUGAUUGCUUUGAUCGAGCGAUUCUACGACCCCACUAGUGGCACGAUCUACCUUGACGGUCGGGAUGUCAAGACGUUGAACGUCAAGUGGCUACGUUCACAGAUCGGUAUGGUUUCGCAGGAGCCGGUGCUGUUUGCCACGACAAUCUUCGAGAACAUCGCUAUGGGGGGAGACAACGUGACUCGUGAAGAAGCUAUCGAGGCUUGCAAGUUGUCGAACGCACACAACUUCAUCAUGUCACUACCGGAGAACUACGAUACACUGGUCGCCGAACAUCUUGGUGCUGGAUGA